AUGACUUCUCCGGUCCGGAACAUGCCCCCGGCGAAGAAGAAGGAUGCGUUUGGCGCCACGCGGUUGUUACGUUGUUGCGAGAAGGGCGACUUCAAUGCGGUCAAAAACGCCUACGAAGCAUCCCCAGACGAGUUGGACGCACCAGAUUAUGCUGGCGUCACUCCGCUGCAAAAAGCUUCGUUGAAUGGGCACGAAGACAUUGUGGAGUUCCUUCUCGACAAAGGCUGUGCAACUGAUGGUCAUGACUGGUUGGACCACGACACACCACUCAUCGACGCAACGCAGAAUGGCCAUGUGGAGGUUGUCAAAUUACUCCUAUGGAAAGCUCGCGUGGAUCCGACGUACGAGAAUAAACAUUUCAAGACGGCACUUGCACUUCUGGACACAACCAUCGACGAGGCUGACGAGAUCAAAGCUGAACUGGAGAAAGCAAUGUCGGAAUGGAAGAAGGAAAAGUCGGAAGAUGAGUCGGAGAGUCGAACGCCCAAGAGCGUGGAAGAAUCAGUAGGGCCAACUCUGCUACCGAACGAAUACAACACCGAGGUUCUCCGCAUCAAAUCCGAGCAAGGAGACAAACGAGCUGUGGACGAAUUGCUCGCUUCUGGAAUCAUGCCAAACGUCGCGUGUGGCGUUGCAGCGGCACGUGGUGGACAUGACGAGAUUUUGAGUUUCCUGCUUGCAACUGGACUUUCUGCCGAUCACCGCGACCCUGCAAAGCAUAACGAGACGCCAAUGCUGGUUGCGAUCAAGAAGGGCCAUCUCAACGUCAUUCGGCUCCUGUUGGCCCAAGAUGAUUUUGAUCCAACGAGGAGAAAUCGUGACGGGCUGACGUAUUGGGAGUUUGCCGAUGAGUUCGACGGUCCGAAUGCGAAGGAGGUCCGCGAUUUACUAAAGGAAAAGUACGACGAGCGGAUGAAGACCAAGCCGAGACGGUUACGAAGUCCGGAGAUGAAGCGAACGGAUCCCCGGAGCCCGCGCAGGAAAACCAUCGAUCACGACAACUCUAAACGAACACACGAAAGGGAGACCAGGGGGAGGACAUCCGAAAAGAAUGCAAACAAGCACAGCACAGUAGACAACCACGCCAAACCCAAGAAGCGUUUGAUUUCUCGUAGAGAACUCAACAGGCAAUCGCGAGACAGCACGUCGGAGGACUCAGACGAGGAUGAAGAGGAAGUUCGCGGCCCAACCCGCAACGUGCGGAGAAAGACGGGGCACACUUCGAAGGUCAUCAGAAGCUCACCGCAUCCAUCGUCACCGGAACAAGAGAGAUCCGAGGCACGUCCAACACCAAGCAAAGCCGUGAAAGCUGAACCCAAACCCGAACCGGUGCCUGAGGCGGAGCCGGAGCCGAUCAAGGAAGACACACCGGAGAGUGUGAGACAAGAACGCUGCCUUGAGGCGGAGCGGAAAGCGGCAGCCGAGAAAGCCCGGAAAGAAGAGGAGGAGAAGGAAGCGGAGAGAAGAGCGGAGGAAGAACGGGUUCGGCUAGAAGCGGAGAAGGCACGAUUGGCUGCCGAAGAAGCUGAGCGUGCCCGACUACAGGCCGAGCGGGAGCGGAUACAAGCCGAGCGCGAACGACAAGAACGGUUAGAGAAGCUCCCGCGGGCGUUGAGACGGGCGUGCGAAAAGGGAGCAGAUCGGCCACUUCGCUUCAACUUCUCGACGAAGGAAGGCGGCAUCGAGUACAACUUCCUGCCGGUACAUGUUGCCAAGAACUCGGACAUCGAUCCGGAUUGCUCAGAAGGACGGCGGGAUGAGCUUUGGAUGAUGAGCUUUCAAGUGGUUGGCAUUCUCGGGCUUCCGGAACUCGACGUCAGGAAAGAAUUCGAAUCGUGGGAGUGGAAGCCCGUGUCGACCAAGCAGCUGCACGGCUUUCUCGAAACGUACGACAUUUCGCAGCUCGCGGAAGACUUCCUGUUCGAGCGGCAGAACUGGCCGGGGUACAAUCCCGAGCAGCAGAGCACGAGGAUCCAGGAGGAGAAGGCCAAGUUCUUGCAGCUGGAGCCGCUUUUGUGGGUGCGGUACGAGGAUUUCGUGUCGGCGACCAAACUACCAAAGUUCCAACAUCUGGAGAAGCUGGAAAUGCGAACGGCACGGGCAAAGGUCAACUCGACUUCGACGCCGCCGCCGACACCGCGGAGCUGGACGGAGGCGUUAUUCGGCAUCAAGCCAGGACCGGACUUUGAGAGGAGAAGCAAGAGCCGGUCAGUGUCAGUGUCUUUGAGUUAA